AUGGAAGUAGUAGCAGAGCACGCCGUGUUGCCAACUGAGAUAGUCCAAAAGAUACUUGAAUAUAUCGAAUAUGAUGGAAUCAUGGAUGUUAAGACUCUGGCACGAGCAGCUCUGGUGUCAAAAGAUUUGAAUGCUCUUCGAAUAGUAUACGAGAACUUGCCACCUCCUAAAGAAACAGGCCGUCUCUUCAAGCGUAAACAGUUGGACGCAAUUCUUGCAAAUAUACAUAGAUUUGGACAGGACGCACUUAAGCAUACCAAGAAGCUAGUAAUACUUAGCGUCGAUACUGGUGCUAAUGCUAUUAAGUACGAGUCCAGCCCAUACCGGCAGCACAUGGAAAAGAAGGCUACAUUCGAUGACAAAUCAAUGUCUGUAUCAACCUCUGGUCCGCCAGCAUCAACUGCUCAUCACGAAGGUGGUCUGAGGUCAAUCCUAGAUCGCUUCAACGCAUCUGCACCAUCAUCAGGCGAUUCCAGUGCUCUCCAUGAUUUAUGUAUAUAUAUACAGUCUACCGCAUCAUUGCUUCCCUCAGAAGUCACGCAUAUCUGGUCGCUGCUUCAGCCUCUCGUGGGUCAAGUCACAAUUCUAGAUUUCAUCAACGUGCUUCUUGAGGAACAGUAUGAUGUGGUGGGUAAUGUGGCUGGUAUGAGAUCUGCUCUAUUUACAGCAGUCACGUCUCUGUCGUCGAAAGAGGCGACUCCGACGAAUGGACAGAUAAAGUCGCUGGAUGCACUGUCAAGGCAUGGCACGGAUUUGACGGAAUUCGAGUUGGAUAUGGUACCGAUAUUGGCUGAUUGGCUAUCAUCGUGUGAUGAUGUUACAGAUGAGAGUGUGGUGACGUUCAUACUCACGCUAGCCGCUGAGACCGUAAAGGCAAAUAUAAUAUCUCCAGGUAAUGCCGAUAAACUAGUGAUAUCCGCUUGUAAUUUAUGUACGAAGCCCAUGUCAGAUGUAACAGCCUCAGCUCUCUCGCUUUUGGAGGUCAUUGCUCAACAAAAGGCACUGUCGAAUACGGUAUUGCCACGGCUGAUUGAAACGCUAUGUAAUACAGUCAACUGGGAACGACAUCUAAGCAAGAGCUGGAAUAUAUUAAAAUCACUCCUCGAAAGUCCACGUGGUAGAAGAUGUAUGGUCUUGCUAUGCACAAUGCUUGAAGAAGUCGACAAGUGGUCGCACAUCACUGUAAGAGGAGCAGUAUUCUCUAUAGCCAUGUCUACUUGGGGUACACAACGAGUGAAAGAUGCCUUUUAUUCGAGAUCGUUCUAUCUAUCGUAUUUUAUCAGAGUCGUAACAUCUCGAUCAAACGACCUGGUGGAUGUUGAAAUAUUAAAGUCGAUAUCUAGACUAGUGAAAAAGUAUGGAAUAUUAAGCGCCAAACCCGAUAUUGUAGUCAGGAGUGAUGCUAAAAAUCAUGGAACGUCAAAAUUGGACGAACCAUCAGUAAGCAGCAAAUCAGCAGCAGAUGAUGUCAAAGGUCAGGAUCUUACGGUUUUCGAAUGGGAGGCCAUCAUCGCUAUAUUGAUAUCACUCACACGCUGCUGGAAUGACGCAUCAGGACUUCAAGCGUCGCUUCCACAGCCCGUGAAUAGGUGGAGAGUGGGAGAAACACUCGAUUCGCCAGCAGGAGCUACAAAUAUGUCUGAACGAUUAGGUGCAUUGCAUACUCUAUUAACGUUUUACCAAACCGUCUUGAACGGUGUGGUAGACGUCUACUUGAAACUAGAAGGAGCCUCCUCAACUUUAUAUUAUGACCUCUUAUAUCAACUAGCGCCACAUCUGUCACUUCCUCUCGCCAGUAUGUUACUCGAUCAUAUAAUAAUAUCACUAUGGCAGGUCGAUCUUGACGAUCAAAUCAAGGUCUUGUCGAAUAUCUCCAACACUUUUUAUAUGCACGAGUCUCGACCAUUGAUACGAAAAAAGUUUGUCGCGAUGCUAAGUAAUGUAUUCAGUAGCAUUCAUCCUGCUGAACGUGACGAACUGUAUGAUAGAGUGUUUGUACCUCUCAUUGUCUCGUUUGGUAAAGAGUCGGAUCGAGAUGUCUUCACAGCAAUUGUGGAUCUCAUCCUCAACAUGGUAGUGGAUAUUGAUGAUGACCAAGCGACAAACUUGGUGUCGGUAUUACUAGAGUCAGCAGUCACGAAUUCUUUGUCUCCGCAGGGUGAUACCACUAAAACGGACAGUAUUAAAGUGGAUUCUGAGACAGAUAAACCCCUGCACUCGUUAUCAUUAGAGGCUUUAAUGGACUUGUUUGAAAUCGGGCUUCUGAAUGCAUCACCCGUCAUAUCUGUAUCAGCCUUUUCCGCUAUCGUCAAAGUGGCUGGAAUGUCCAGCAUAGAGACGGUAUCUAGAUUAACAGCUCUAAGGUUUCUGAUGAAGAUUAGAGCAGAUUCUAGAUACCAUGUACGAUUUCCAUCGUCUAUUCCAGCUACCAAAUCAGUCGAUACAGUAGUCAAGAAGGACGAUGCUACGAGUAAUGUUGGAGCAAAAAAAGACGAUGCACAACAGUCAACAAAAAAGGAUGAUGUUCCUAUGGAUCCAAUGCCAGAACUAGAAGAAGCAAGAAAAUGGUGGACACGUCGAGAUACAAUAACCAGUCCUCAAGUCGUAUGCUAUGAAGAAUUAAUAGCGUCCAUUGUAAAUAAUAACCCACGGCCAACAUCGACCAGCCCACUACCUGUAAACAUCGACGCAGUAAAGGCUCUGCCAAUCGACUUGUAUGCUGCCACGAUUCUAGAAGUUCUUAUGAGUGAAAAGUCAUGGGAAAUAUAUUCACUAGUAUUAAAUCAGCUACCAGCUCAAAUGGAAAAUAUCUACUUUUGGGCUGGUGCAUACAAGACACUACCAGAUAUUCGUAAACAGUUAUGUCGUGCUAUCCUAGAUGAAAAAGUCGCAGCAUCGGUUUUGGAUAUGCCACAGACAACACGUAAGGCUGACUUGUAUUCAGCACUAUAUCGACUCUUGUUGUCUUUGAUUCCUCAUCGACGGUUAUUGACUGUUCGAGAGGUACAAGACGAAGUAGUAAUGGCCUUCCAUGCUGGAUUGAAUCGAGGUCCAACGAAUGCCAGAUUGUGUCUGCAAGCUUUGACGCUAUGCUUGUAUGAGUUGCCCAGUAGUAUGACGCGAUUGCUACCAGAGACCAAACUUGGGCCAGGAAUUCUAGAUAGGUUGAGCCGAAUGCCUUCUCAAGCUCUCAUACUGGAAUUCUUGUCGAGUUUGGCUAGAUUGUCAGACUUGUAUGUCAACUUUACCGAACGAGACUUUAAAAGAGUGUUUGGUAUGGCAGUGCAAUAUAUUUCUACAGGAGGUGGUGUUUCGAAUAGUGCUGGAUCUGGUAACAUAAUGACGCAGUAUUUAUUCAAUAUGGCUUAUCAUGUGGUGACUGUAUGGUUUACAGCCAUGAAGGUAUCAGAACGACGUCGUUAUGUGCCUUUCAUAGUGCACUACUUUAUGCUACCGUUGCAGCAACAACAGCAACAGAUAGAAAAGAAUGAAAAGUCUGAAAAGAAGCCUCUGGUAUUGGAUGAGAAUGUAGAAAUGAUAUUGGACAUGAUGAUUCAGAAUACGUUUGCUGAUUGCACACCCAAGCCUCCAGAAUCUAAAACGGAUUCUAAAAAUAUUAGUGGUGCCGGUCUUAGCAAGACAUGGAUUGUCGGAAAUGCCUUGUUGACGAUUCGAACUAGUAUGGGAGGAUGGAGUGAUGUAACUAUACGACGAGCAUCAGGAUGGGUUAGUUUCUCUGUAAGGCUCGAUAAUCGAUUCCGGUUUGAAGAGUCUUCUAACUUGACGAGACGAGGCUCUUUGAAUGUCCGUGAAGUAUCUGAUCCUGUUGCCGAAGAAGAUAAUCCUAGCAUGUCUGACAGCUUUACGAGUCAGGGUAAUAUACCUAAGGCACAACAUAAAAGAUGGGGGUCUGUGGAAUUGUCUGCUGGUGCAGGAAUAGGAUCAAAAAACCUGAAUAGACAAAGAUCUGUUCAUGGUCGUAGUAGUGCCACAUCAGCUCUGCCAUCAACCUUACCAGUAGAAUCAGAAGUUGAAUCAGGUCGGUCUACUCCUCGAUCACGAGGGUCAUCCAUCUCGUCACAAACGACAGAUCCAGCCAUUGCAGCAGAUACUGCUGUAUCUCGAUUAUCAAGAGCUUUGACCUCUAAUACUGGUAGUCAAUCAAACCUCAUGAGCAAUAACACUACUCUAGAUCCCGUCUUUCUACUUGCUCAAAUAAUGCCAUACCCUGAUAUGGUGCCUCAUGAAGUGCCACGAUUAUUGGCUGAUGAUGAUAUGACUGCUCGAUUUAUAUCUGUAUUGGACCUGACGCCUGUAGUCGACUUGCACAAGUUGGGUGUCUUGUAUGUAGGGCCUGGACAGAAGAAGGAGGCUGAAAUAUUAUCCAACACUCAAGGAUCCAGAGCAUAUGGCUUAUUAUUGAGAUCGUUGGGUAGUAUGAUUCGACUCAAAGGUAUACGGGAUGUCAACACAGGUGGGCUUGACACUCGAGAUGAUAUAGAUGGUACGCAUGCAGUAUAUUGGCAAGAUGAUUGUGCUCAAGUCAUCUUCCAUGCCGCCACAUUAAUGCCAACAGUGUCGUAUGACGAGCGAUGUACAGCCAAGAAACGACAUUUAGGAAACGACUCGAUAAUCUUGGUAUGGAAUGAGUCUGGAGCUGAGUAUGAAUUCGACACUCUACCUGGACAAUUCAAUCAUAUAAAUCUCGUUAUAACGCCAUUGGAUGCUGAUUACCCUUUAUCAGUUGUCGGUGGGGUACUUGAAGAUGAAGCUGAACGGGCCAGUGGAAUACCUAUAGUUGCAACACUACCAUCGACAUAUCGUAAUUCGUACUAUCGAGUAUCUAUGCAACGGCGACCAGACAUUCCAGAUAUAGGACCAUUGUCUGAACCACGGCUUGUCUCGGGAGCAUGUCUAGCGAGAUUCGUAAGACAGAUUGCCAUACACGCCAACAUCGCUGUACAAAUCUUCCUGGGUGGUGCUGGUGGUGGGAAUGUCAAAGAGAGGUUGAGAAUGAUUAGAAGGAUUAGGCAGAGGUAUAUUACGUCGACAGCGUCGUCUUCUGCUAUUGGAGGAUCCGAUUCUGGCAGUGUUGGUCAACAGCAAGUGACUACACCACCUGGACCAUCAACACAACAGGACUCGGGCAGUAGUAGUAAAAUAGAUUCUGAAGCAAUGCUCACUUUCACGCGGUACAUAUGA